AUGCUCUUACGCUCAAUCCAUCUCCUCGCCCUCAGUGCUGGAGUUGUUUGGGCCCAGCAGGCUCCCCUGCGUAGCAAGGGGAGCUGCCUCUCCUCCUCCAACCCCAACACGGCCGCGGCGCUCUCCCUCUGCUGUCCAACUCAAGACACCGAGGGUAAGGGUACCGUCGACGGCACUGUCUUCACCUACGCCUGCGGCAAAUGGGCCAAAUCUUCUGAGAAUGUUGCCCAGAAUCCUGGCAGCCCGCGAGACUGCGCCCAGCUCUGCGCGCAGGACCCGACCUGCGUCGCGGCGAGCUGGAACGCUAGGGGGUGCUAUGUGAUCAGAGAGGGCACCGCAUUCGAGACCUAUCCGGAUCAGACCGGAAAGUUCAUCCUGUUGGCCAAAAGCGAAGAGCCGCCCUUCGACGACCCGUCUGCGGCGGACCCGGCGGCCAUCGCUCAGUGUAAUAAUGAGAAGGACGCCAUCCGCCGGGAGAUGACGAACCAGUGCGAGAUGGAGGUGCAGGGGCAGAAGGCUGCGCACCAGAGCGCGCUGCGGCAGGCGGAGGACCGCUGCAAGGAAGAGAAGGCUCAGUGCGAGGCGGACAAGAGCCGGCAGGUGACGGCGGCUCGGGAGCAGUGCGACUCGGACAAGGCCGCGCUGAGGCGAGACAGGGACACGUGUGAGGCAGAGAAGAGCGAAAAGAUUCAGCAGGGCGCUGCAGCUGAGAAGCAGUGUAAGUCCCAAGUGGAUGACUUGCAGAAACAAGUGAAGGAUCUUGAGGAUAAGGUGAGAUCCGGUUCAGGCGCCGGGUCUGGAUCGGGCACGGGCACGGGCACGGGUUCCGGCUCAGGCUCCGGCUCAGGCUCCGGUUCUGGUACGGGCACGGGCACGGGCACCGGUGGAUUUGUUCAGACCGGCGAUCCCGCCUGCGAAAAGAUCAGCACAUACAGCCACUGCAAGCCCGGAUGCAAGAACUUCGCCAUUGACGGGGUGAAGUACGAGCUCAGAUGCAAUACAUUCGCCGAGCGGACCGAAAAAGCAAGACUAAACGCAUACGCAACCAUCAACGAAUGCCUGGCGAACAAAUGCAACAAGGAAGCGGACUGUCUGGGAGUUAGCUGGACGCCCGAUGGUGCGUGCCUGUUCCAUUACCCGAAGAGAGCCGGGUUGGCGGCCAACAUCGUCCCUAAGGGUGGCAACUGGCAUCAUGUGAUGAAACUCAGGUCUUGA